AUGGCACCGGACUUGAUCCUGGUACUCUUCCUUCAGGUUGCUCGGACAGCUGUGGUUGCCUGGAACUCCGGCCACGAUUCCAAUCAUAUUCCCUACCCGCGACUUCCAAAAGACCCCUUCACGUUUUUCGUUGGGCCUCAGUACCAUGCGCUACAUCACAUCGACCCUCUCAACUACUUCGGGUCGAUGACACGCCUGCUCGACUGGUGGAUGGGCACCGCGGUCUCACUCAGGGGCCGGCGCGUGACGAUGACAGGGUCUAGCGGAGCACUCGGGCAGGCUUUGGCUGAACAGCUCCGCCUGGAGGGCGUGCGAUCCAUCUCAGCCCCCAAGUUCGGAAUCGACUGGGCGUACGACGACUAUUCCUACUUCGAGUCGGCGCUCCAAAACACCGACGUCCUCAUCCUCACCCACGGCUCCAAGAACGGCAAGCACGACUUCGAGGCGAACUGCGAGUCCGCCGUCAAGAUCAUCGAGAUCUUCAGAGAGUCUUGCAGCCGCCGCAAGCUCGGCCUCUUGCCGGAGGUCUGGUACGUCGGCAGCGAGGCCGAACUCCACGGGGCCUGGACGAGCGACAUGCAGACCUACACCGGCUCGAAAAGGGCGUUUGUCCGCCACGCGAGGGCCUUCUACGACGAAGAAACUUUCAACUACCGCCACAUCGUCCCGGCCGCGUUCGCCUCCAGCAUGGGGCCAGGGCUCGUGAGCGCGAGGUGGGCGGCCAGGGUGGCGCUGUGGUGGAUACGGAGAGGAGCAAGAUACGUGCCCGUUACGUACACUGGGUUGGCGUUUGUCAACUUUUUGAGAUUCAAGCUGGGGAGGAGGCUUGCAAAUGAGCAAGCGUUCAACGUCGCUUGA